AUGGGUUUUUCGAAAAAGCAUCAAGUAGAUGGGGAAUCUUUGGAAGGGAAGAAAUGGGUGAUUGCAGGAAUCACCAUGAGAGCUCCAUUGAAGUCUUUAUCUAUAAAAAAGGCGAAAGAAGAAGAUGAUGAUGAUAACACAAUCUCCGGCAACACAACUCCAACGUCCAAGGACUCAAGGAUACCGGAGGCUUUACCAUGCCCGCCGCCGCCGAGGAAACGCCGGCCGGUGUCGACUUGUCACAACAAUGGAAACAUGGAGUUUUUUACUUCACCGGAGUUGGAUUCCUUGUUCAAACUCCUCUCAAAAGCCAGUUAA